GGGGAUGGUGGGCGGGCCGCGAGGUGGCGGGCCGUGCUGUCGCCUGUCUGGGUCCGGCCUACUCACGUGACCGACGCGGGCUGUGGAGCGGCAGCCGCGCCGAGGGUGGAGGCGGAGGCGGCGGCGCAGCCGGGAGCAGCGGCUGGAGGCAGGGCGGCCGCCUUCCCCGACAGCCGCGGCUGAGGAGAAAGAUGGCGGAGGCUUCUGCGGCCGGGGCGGACGCGAAGGAGGAAGCUGUGGCCGCCCACCGAUUUUUCUGCCACUUUUGCAAGGGCGAGGUCAGCCCCAAACUACCGGAGUAUAUAUGUCCCAGAUGUGAAUCAGGCUUUAUUGAAGAAGUGACAGAUGAUUCCAGUUUUUUAGGUGGUGGAGGCAGUCGGAUAGACAAUAGCACAUCAACACAUUUUGCAGAGCUGUGGGACCAUUUGGAUCAAACAAUGUUUUUCCAAGAUUUUAGACCAUUUCUGAGUAGCAAUCCACUGGACCAAGAUAACAGAGCCAAUGACAGAGGUCACCAAACUCAUACUGACUUCUGGGGACCAAGUCGGCCUCCAAGGUUGCCAAUGACUCGGAGAUACCGGUCUCGAGGAAGUACUCGUCCUGAUAGAUCUCCAGCUAUUGAAGGAAUAAUACAACAGAUCUUUGCAGGAUUCUUUGCAAAUUCUGCAAUACCUGGAUCCUCACACCCUUUUUCUUGGAGCGGGAUGCUGCACUCCAACCCUGGGGACUAUGCCUGGGGUCAAACAGGGCUUGAUGCCAUUGUAACCCAGCUUUUAGGACAACUGGAAAACACAGGGCCUCCCCCAGCUGACAAGGAAAAAAUCACUUCUCUUCCAACAGUGACAGUAACUCAGGAACAAGUUGAUAUGGGUUUAGAAUGUCCAGUAUGUAAAGAUGAUUACACAGUUGAAGAGGAAGUCCGGCAGUUACCCUGCAAUCACUUCUUUCACAGCAGUUGUAUUGUGCCAUGGUUAGAACUGCAUGACACAUGUCCUGUGUGUAGGAAGAGCUUAAAUGGUGAGGACUCUACUCGGCAAACCCAGAGCUCUGGGGCUUCUGCAAGCAACAGAUAUGACAGCCAGCUACAUGACCGAUGGACUUUCUGAACUGAAGACCACACCUGAACCAGGGCUCUUGGGAGUAGUCUUCUUACCAUAGAUGUAAACUGUAUUAAAGCAAAACAAAUAGUAGAUGGAUUUAGGAAUCACAUAAGAAACCCCAACCCAUUACAUUAAUGCAAUGAGUGUUUUUCUUCUCUAAAUUUAAAGUUAGUAUCUACAAAACAAAUUGUAUCUACAACCAAAUCCCUCUUGUUCCUCAAUUCAGAGUGAUAAUUUUAUAAGUGUGAAACUUAAGUACAGUAUGUGGAUUUUCCCCUGUCUGAAUAAAAUGAGUUCCUUGAAGUCUAGCUAGGGUCCUGCUAUGUGUCAUGUUGCCCUGUACUGGAUGUUUACACCUCCUCCUUCCAACCUUUGUCUCAUCAUUAGUGUAUUUUGCAGUAAAUUCACAGGACCCAGAGCACUAAAAUCCUGAUGGUAUAAAGUCCUUUUGUCUUAAUUGUGCAAAAGCAUCUACUGUUGUCUACAUAAGCAGUGAAGUAGGAUAUGACUAAUUGAGGAAUCUGAGAUUGAUGAACUUUGUUUUGUCUCAAUCUCAUAAGCAAAUCACAGAAAGAUUGAAAUGGAAAGGAACAAGUGGCCUGUCAUUAUAUAUUAGGGGUGUGCUUUCUCCCGAAACCAACAAAAUACGUCUUGGCAUCCUUCGGUGGGAGUCAUCUAAUUCUGGUUCCUUUUUGGCAGGCAGGUAAUGUGCUGCUGAGCCACAUCCCUAGCGUCUGGUUCAUUUUUGGUAAUAAGUUGGAUAAUAAGACACAGGGAAUGACAUAUACUUGAAAUCUUUAGUUCUGAGAUUUUUAAAAUGAUGCCCAACUCUGUUCGCUAUCGCAACCUUAAAAUAAUUCCCUUAUAAAAAUAGGAUUAUUUCAUUAGUACCUCUACAACCAAUUCACUCAUUUUGGUUAUUCAUUAAGAAUUGAAAUUUUACAUUGGUUUAAUUUUUAAAAGUCCAUUUUUCAUCUCUGAAAUUGUUCUGAUCUCCUUUGUUCUGCUUAUACUUGUAGUACUCACACCAAUUAAAAUGAUCACACCCAGAACAAGUAGGCCUGAAAGAGGUAGUAGAUCUUACUUUUUAAGCCUGAUAAUGUCCCAUACACAUGCUCUUUUGAAUGUUUAAAGUUGAAUAAAUGAAUGUUAUGGCUAUUGUUGGAACUUCAUAGUCUCAAAUGGACAACAGAGUCAUAUAACAGCUGCUGGUGUACUAAAAAGCGUGUUUACAAAGGUGUACAAAGUGGCAAAAUUUUUAAGGUCAUUUCAGCCCUUCGUAGUUUAGAGAAGAUCACUGUUCUUUUGUAUGUCUUUCUUGGCUAACAGGCUUUCCUCAGUGUUUGUUGAUUGUUAUAUACUGAUUUGGGGCUGAGGAAAGGGGGUUGAAAAUAUUUUUGUCUUUACUUUGAUAGAGAAUAAAAGAAUUGGGGAAGAAAGAGUGAGGCCACUUUAGAGACCACUUGGAGUAGCCUGCUGAACUAAUAACUUGCCUCUAAAAGUUAACUAGGAGCUGUCAUGUAAGUUGGGCCCAGGGAGAAUAGAUGUUUUUUCCUUAACUGCACCUCUCGUACUGUACCUCUACAGGGUUUACUUCUGUGGGAGUGAUCUGUUUGUUGUAGUGAGCUCAUGAAAUGUACCUUAGAAUACACAUUGGCUUUGGAUUGAGAGUGAAGAAGGAUGAGGGGAUGUGAAAAUUACAUUAUAUUUGGUACUUCUGAGAUGGAAGAAAGUGGUGUUAAAUUGAAGGACAUUUCAGUUUUCAAAUAGAGCACAUAGCAGUUAUCAGCUAUGUCAGAGAAAUUUUGACACCUUCAGAAUACAAUAAUUUAAAAAAGAGAACACUCAUGACACCUUGGAAAUUUUAUCUGCCUGUUGGUAUCCGGAGAUGCCAGGACAGGCAGUUCUGUUUUUAGGUAUAUUUAGAGAACUAAAAUGGAUCUGAGUAGUAUCACAAAGGAAAAAAACAUGAUGGUAAGACAGAUCUGCCUUUUUAUUGUACAGUAUUGCAAGCAGCAUCAGACUAGAUUAUCUGAAUUUUUUUUCACUUUUUUUUGCUCUGAUAGAAGCUGUGAGGCUUAUUUUGCUGUUUCCUAGACUUGUCCCAUGUAAUUCUUUUGUAGUGUGUCUUCUCAUAAUGGGAAGCAUCUCAGACUUCCAGGUUAAUUUACGAUAAAGAGUAACAUUUCUUUAGAGAAAUAUGAUGCAUAUGUAGAUAUAGAAAGAGAUUUAUUAUAAAGAUUUGGCUCUUGCAAUUAUGAGUCGAGAAGUUCUAAGAACUAUACGAGGCCAGUUAGAGAUUCAGGAGAGCAAUUACUGUAGUUGCCGCCACAGGCAGUGGUUUCAGUUCCAGUGUGAAAGCCAGCAGCCUUGAGACCCAAGGAGAGCUGGUAUUUCAGUUCUGAUCCAAAAAAUGGGAAACAGUGAUGACCCAAUUUAAGCACUUGGGCAGGAAGAGUUCUUUAUUACUUGAAAGAAGUUAUCUUUUAGUCCUUUUGUUGUUAUUGUUGUUAUUUUUGUUCUAUUCAAGACUACUUGGAUUGAUUAAAUAAAGAUUCAUCCUCAUA